GGAAUCCCGGGGCAUAAAUAAGUCCCUCUAUCCCCCCUUCCCCUCCUCUCUCUCCCUCCUUCUUUUCCCUCUAUUGCUCCCUCUGUAGUCGCAAAACUGCCUCAGACCAAAUCAACAAGCCUGCGAUAUCUCUUCGGACUUUACAACCCCCCGCCUAUUUCGACCGCCAUGGAUCUCAUUCACAAGCAGGAGUACCGCAUUCGCGAUCUCCCCACCCGUUCUGUGACCCUCUUUCCCACCCGAGCUCAGGUUGUUCGAGACAUCAAAGGCGUGCCUUUGGCCCCAGGAACCAACGAGAUCACCAUCCAAGGCCUGUCUCCUUCAGUUGACGAAGAUUCGAUCAAAGUCGAGGGCACCGGUUCUGCCAUCAUCUCCGACAUUACAUUCGAGCUGCUCCCCAACCGCGAGAUCUUCCAGGAGGUCUAUCCGGACUCCGACGACGACAAAUCUGACGACGAAUUCGAAGACGAGGAUGACGAUGACGAUGCCCCCUUGCCAGAAAAAUAUGGCGACGCAGUGAAAGCUGUGCGCGCCAAGCUUGCCGUUUUGUGUGAUGAUCAGAGGCGCGCCCAAGAACUCGUUGCAAGCGCACAAAGCCGACUCAAUAUCCUCAAUGGCUACGGUAAAAUCCUCGGCCAGAAAAAGGCCCCGGAUUUCGAACGCGGUCUCGAGACCUACCGCCAAGGCCGCGAGGGUGUCUUUCGAGAUCAGAUGGACGGCGCAGCCCGUGAUCGUGAGCUCACCGAAGAGAUAAACACGUUGGUUGCCGAGGAAAACCGGCUCCUCAAGCUCGAGUGGAAGGAACAGAGGAAGGCCGUGAAAGAGAAGGAGAAGAUCAAGAAGGAGAAGGAGAGGGCACGGGAGAAAGAGCGACUUCGUGAAGCAGAGAGGCUCAGUGAAAAGCGUCGCAUUCGCAAGGAGCGCCAGAGUUUCUGGCCGCGAUUUUGCUGGACCGCCCGCAUCACCCUCGACGCAGUCAGCUUCACGCCUAGUUCCUCGCGCCGAAGCUCCAUCGCCAGUGCCAGUGACAUCGUCAAGGUUGUCCCCGAGAAGGAGACGGCGUCUGCCGAACACCCCGACGCCUCCACUUUUACCUGUGAUCUGUCACUCUCCUACGUCACAUCCUCUGCUUGGUGGUCGCCAAGCUACGACCUGGCAUUGACAACCACUUCGAACACUGCCCUCCUCUGUUUCGAUGCUCAACUCACAAACAGGACCUCGGAGAACUGGGCCAAUUGCAAGCUCGUGCUCAGCACCUCACAGACAACCUUUUCCGGUAUUCAGGAUGCAAUUCCCGCACUUGUCCCUUGGCGCGUCAGGCUCGGGGCCAAGGGCUUCGGAUUAAAAGCCAGCGACGUCCUUGACAGCCGGGAGGAGCGAGCAGAGAAGGGCGGCUGGCUCGCACAGCAAAAUGCUUGGGGGGUUCAGAAGUCCCGGAACCAUUUGUACGGCCUUGGCGAUCAUGGUGACAUCCUUCCGUCAGCACGCGGCCUCACUCUGCCGCCGCCACCCCCCUGCCCAGCGCUACCUGCCUCCGAUGUCUUCGAGAGUGCCCGGGGACGCCAACAGCAGCAACUUCAACAGCAGCAACUACAACAGCAGCAGCUACAACAACAGCAACAACAAACCCUGCUUCCCUAUGUGUCCCAAGCAACAGAAGACCUUUUCGGUUCCGCGCAGGAGAGUAAGAAGAUGUCGCGGAAGGCUGGUGGCCCAUCCAAGGGCCUUACUAGCAACCCCUUUGCGCCCGGCAACGCAUAUGGCGCCGAACCUUCUUACAUGGAAUCACCUGAGCAAGACGAUGCCGAGACCAUGCUCAAUCGUGACCCUGAACUGGCCUUCCAAGAAUCCGAAUUCGAAGAGACGGGCAUGACCACGACCUACGAUCUGCCCGGCUUGAAGACGCUGAACACGAGUUCCACCGCCUCAAAGCAACGCGUCGCCCGCAUCUCUUUUAGCAGCGUGGCCUUCUCCCACACCAUCGUUGCCAAGUAUCGGCCCGUGGCUUACCUCAAGGCCAAGUUGCGAAACGCCAGCAAGCUCACUCUGCUCAAGGGGCCAGUCGGCCUGUCCCUUGACGGCUCUUUUAUAGGUCGCUCCACCUUGCCACGCUGCAGCGCCGGUGAUAUUUUCACCACGAGCCUUGGCAUAGACCCGGCCAUCAAAGUAUCCUACCCCAAGCCGGAUGUCAAGCGGAGCACGUCGGGACUCUUCACCAAGGAGGACAGCUUCGUCUAUACCAGGACCAUCACCAUCUCCAACACGAGGGCUUCCUCCGCCAAGCCGAUCAACCUCGUCGCCCUGGACCAGGUUCCUGUAUCGGAGGAUGACAAGUUGCGCAUCGAGGUCAUGAAUCCGAGAGGCAUGACUGUCGGGUCCAAUGGCGUAGCUGCCGGCCUACCCGGCAAGGAGGGCAAGGAUGGCAAGGACUGGGGCAGGGCCACAGCCGCGCUUAAGAAGGCGGGAGAGGUUUCCUGGAAUGUGGUCCUCAACCCUGGCCGCAGCGUGAAGCUGGCGUUGGAGUACGAAGUUGCCUUGCCGGCAGGGGAUCAUGUCAUUCAGUGUUAAUUAAGAUCGCGGCAAAUGCUGCUUGGCGAUUCCCACGCUGUAACAUAGGCCUGCAAUGCGACCUAGCAAUUCGAAAUUGAGAGUACGAGCUCUAAGAUACUCCUCUGGUAGAAUUGCUUAUUACACGAUUCUUAGGUCUUCGAGUCUCGAUGACUAGGUCCGCUCGCCGAGCCGGGCAGCGGCAUGCAUGACGUCACAGCUAGGCGUGGGAGGCUACGUUGCUUGGCCUCGUCUUCAGUAUCUACACAGACAGGCGGCAUUGCAUCUCCCUAUGUGAGC